UUUUUCUCUACUGUCAUAACGUCUAACGAAGAAACAACAUCAAUGGCGGCCUCCAGCUUCUGCAUGUGUUAUCUGUUCUGGUAACUCUUUCAUGGGAUAAUUUGCGAUAUUCAGUCUGUAAACACGCAACCAUUUACAAUAAAUAAAGAUUAUAUGCACAGCCAGAUAUAUUUCAUUUAAAAAUGAAGGCAAAGGCGCAGCGCAAGAGCAAUGGGAAAGCUGGAAAGCAAACACACAGGGAUAAACUUCAGAAAUUCAGGGAUUCAGUUAAUAACUUUGUGAAGAGCAAAGGCGGCUUCGGUGAAAAUGAAAGCGACCAAAGAGGAAUAUUCGUAAAGAGGAAAAGUAGAAAAGAGCUGCGCAAAGAGAAACGUAAGUUAAAGAAAGCCAAAAAGAAAAGCCACUACACGGGUCAGUCACUCCCGAACCCCAGCGAGGAACCUGCUCCAAAUACUCCUGCUGAGGAGGAAAAGACACAGAAACCAGCCCUAAAGCCGACUGGAAAUCUUAAAAAUGCCGCUCAGAGACAGCAGAAGACAAAUACAGACAACGUUCAUAUUAAAGAUGGUGAAGAAGAGACGACAAAAAGGAAGGUCCACUUCUCCGAAGAUCUGCCAAAACAGAGAAAGAAAUCUAGCCUGAACGAGAGCAGAAAGCGGGUUCUAUUAGAGGCGAAUAUCGAAGAGGACAAAGUAAUAAAGAGACUAGAGAAACGCCUUGGACUGAAUAAAAGAAAGAAUAAAAAGAGUCUACCUCAGUCAUUCACCAACGAUGGACUCGAUUACAUUUUAGGGAUUCUUGAGCCUGGAGCAUCUGCAACGGGCCUGUAUGAGAGUGAUGAAGAAAUGGACAUUGACAAAGCUAAAGAUGACUUUGACGAGUUGGACGAGGAUAGCGAUGGGAAAGUGACAGAUGAUGAGAACAAGGAUGACAGUGAGGAUGAAGAUGACACUGACGAAGAGGAAGGAGAUGGAGAGGAUGACACACAGAUGGAAGAAGAGGAGGAUGUAGAAGAUGACACCCAGAUAGAAGAUGAGGAAGAUACAGAUGCAUCAGAGGAAAAUGAUGAUGAGGAGGAGAAAGACUCUCAACAAAAAACACCUGAAAGCCAGAAGCCCAAUCCUGCCACAGCAGGCAGGUAUGUUCCACCUCACUUACGAGAAGCCGUGGACAGCAAACGCAAAGCCGAGCUGGAGAAACUGAAGCGCACUGUGAAAGGUCUGAUAAACAGGUUGAGUCAGCCCAACAUGGCAUCUAUCAGCAGUCAGUUGGAAGAGCUGUACAUGAGCACCAGCAGGAAGGACAUGAACGAUACACUCACUGACAUUCUGCUGGCUGCCUGCGUCACACCUGCUCUCAUGCCUGAAAGGCUUCUCAUGGAGCACAUCCUUCUUGUCAGUGUCCUUCACUUUAGUGUUGGCCUGGAGGUUGGAGCUCAUUUUCUGGAGACUGUAGUCCGUCAGUUUGAUAAAACCUACAGUCAACUUGAUGCUACAGACAAAGAAUGUGACAACUUGAUGUCCAUAAUUGCCCACCUCUACAACUUCCAUGUGGUCCAUGCUCUCCUGGUGUUUGACAUUCUGAAGAAGCUGGUGACACGUUUCAGUGCAAAGGAUGUAGAACUGGUUCUGCUGGUGCUGAAGAACGUUGGGUUCGCUCUGAGAAAGGAUGACCCACUAGCUCUUAAGGAGCUGAUCUCCGAGGCUCAGCGGAAAGCCAAUGCUGAAGGAGAGCGUUUUCAAGACCAAACGAGGAUUCGGUUUAUGUUGGAGACUAUGCUGGCGCUGAAGAACAAUGACAUGAGGAAGAUUCCAGGUUAUGACCCUGAACCUGUGGAGAAGUUAAGGAAACUUCAGAGGACUUUGAUUCACAGCAGUGCUGGAGGAAGUGACAUGAAGUUAAGAGUCUCACUAGAUAAUCUUCUGGAAGCUGAGAGUGUUGGCCGUUGGUGGAUUGUAGGAUCUUCCUGGAGUGGAGCACCAAUGAUCGAUGACCAUGGAAACAAGACAACCACCCCAUCCACCAAAGGGGAACAAUACAGUGCAACGAUCUUGGAGCUUGCACACAAACAAAGAAUGAACACUGACAUCAGGAGGAACAUUUUCUGUGUGCUUAUGUCAAGUGAAGACUAUUUGGAUGCCUUUGAGAAACUUUUAAGGUUAGGAUUGAAAGACCAGCAAGAGCGGGAAAUUGUUCACGUUCUGAUGGACUGCUGUCUGCAAGAGAAAAUGUUCAAUAGAUUCUAUGCGGUUCUGGCAGAGACAUUUAGCUCGCAUGACCGGCGGUUCCAGAUGACCUUUCAGUUUAGUCUGUGGGACAAGUUCAAAGACCUGGCAAACCUUUCCAGUAGGUCCUUCAGUAACCUGGUCCAGCUGGUCACUCAUCUUUUACACAGGAAGUGUCUCUCUCUUUCCAUUCUUAAGGCUAUUGAGUUUGGAGAGCUGGAUAAACCCAAAGUCAAAUUUCUGAAGCAGAUUCUCUCAAAACUCCUUAAAGAAACCGAGCCAGAAGAUCUUGUGAAUAUAUUUGGCAGGAUCUCUGGAAUUCCCAAGCUGGGAACGCUUCGGGAAGGCUUGAAGCUUUUCAUCAGUCACUUUCUGCUCCGGAACAUCCAGACACAAGAAACUGAGCAAGCCAAGGUACUCAGGGAUAGAGCUGAGGUUGCCACUAAAGCCAUGGAGGCCCGGGAUGCCAAAAUUAAGCUAUAGAGCUGUUGCACACAGAAAUGUGUGUGUAAUGCAUCAGACUCAAAAAAUGAGUAUUACUUCAGGGGGCAAUAUGCAAACCUGUAUGCAGACCUUACGACACAUGCAGAUCACUGACAUGUUUCUGCAUUUUUGUAUUAAUUCUGUA